CUCCACGCACACCGAGACACACACACACACACACACACAGCAAUGCGCCGCCCCAUUCUCCAGCGAAACUUCCUGGAUAGUUGCAGUGGAAGCUCGGUCGCUGACCAGCAAGUCAGCGCUGACCAGAGGGACCACCGACACCAGCCUACACCCGGGAUACGUGUUGUCCAUUAACGAUGUGUUUGAUACCCAACUGCGGCGUGCCUGCAUUGGUGAACUUAUGUGUGGAGUCACUGCAGUGAAGCCAGAGAAAACAUCGACUUCAAUUAUAGUUUGCAAACAGGGAUGUCAUCUUUCAUUCGCAAGAAUUGCAACACUAUUUUACUUCAAGACCAACCUUCCCCUCUCGUCCCGGACCCCACCAAGCCAAGGAUGUCCACUCCGGUACGGGACUCCCUGUCCUCGGGCGAGGAUAUGGGUGACGGGGAGAUCAGCAUCAACGUGGGGGGUUUGAAGAGGAAGCUGAGCCAGUGGGUGUUGGCGCGGUUCCCGGACACCAGGCUUGGCCAGCUGCCCAGGUGCCACUCGGCCGAGUCCAUCCUCCGGUUGUGCGACGAUUACGACGAGGAGGAGAAGGAGUUCUACUUCGACAGGAACCCGGCCCUCUUCCCCCUGGUGCUCAACUCCUACCACACGGGGAGGCUGAGGGUGACCGGCAAGCCGUGCAUCUUUCGGCAGGAGAUGGAAUACUGGGGCAUGGAGGAGUUCCUCCUCGACCCGCCGUGCCAGGGACGGGCGCCAGGGACCGACCAGGAUGACGUAGAUGAGACGGCGAGCACGAGACGAGGCAGCACCACCUCCUCCCUCAACGAGGUGCUCACCUUUUACCAGGACGCCUCCAAGUACGACAGCCAGAUCUUUGGCAGCUGCCGCAGGCGCCUAUGGCUGAUGUUCGAGAACCCUGGCUACAACAUCGUAAGCAGGAUCUACAGUGUCCUCUCCAUCAUCAUGGUCUUGGGGUCCAUAGCCACCAUGUGCCUGAACAGCAUGGACGAGUUUCAGCUGGUGGACGGGGAGGGCGAGAGACGGGACGACCCCCGUUUUGAGAUGGUGGAACAACUCUGCAUGGCCUGGUUCACCCUGGAGCUCUUGGCCAGGUUGCUGGUGUCUCCUGGGCCCCUCCACUUCUUCAGCCGGCCUCUCAACCUGAUCGACCUGAUGUCCGUAUCCCCGUUCUACCUGACGCUGCUGGUAAACCUGGUGGUGGACAUCAGCCCGGCCCUGCCCAACCUCGGGCGCAUGGUGCAGGUCCUCCGGCUGAUGAGGAUCUUCCGCAUCCUGAAGCUGGCCCGGCACUCGACGGGCUUGAGGUCCCUGGGGGCCACCCUGAAGCACAGCUACCGGGAGGUGGGGCUCCUCCUACUCUACCUGUCCGUCGGCGUGUCCGUCUUCUCCGUGGUGGCCUACACGGUGGAGAAGGAGGAGGACUCUGGGCUGACCACCAUCCCCUCCUGCUGGUGGUGGGCCACGGUCAGCAUGACCACAGUGGGGUACGGCGACGUGGUCCCCAUCAGCAUCGGGGGCAAGCUUACGGCCUCCGCCUGCAUCCUGUCUGGGAUACUCGUGGUGGUCCUCCCCAUCACCCUCAUCUUCAACAAGUUCUCCCACUUCUACCGGCGGCAGAAGAACCUCGAGAGCGCCAUGAGGAACUGCGAGUUUGACGAGGGCCUGGCCGAACUGCCCUUGCUCAACCUCCGUGACUUCUAUGCGGACAGGGUGAAGUCCCUGAUGGUCAGCCUGAACAACAUGAGCAGAGGUACCUCCACCGAGCACAGCAUCAACAACUCUGGCCACUGAGGGCCACAUGGAAUGCGGUUCAGAACACGUGGAGCCCGACCAGUCAUCACAUUUGGGGCGGCACGGCACGGCGGUGGAGUUGCUGCCUCACGGCACCAGGGACCAAAGUUUGAUCCAGGCUCACUGAGUCCGUGCCGACCAGCAAACACCCCGUACACUAACACUAUCCUACACACU